CGCCCCCCAAUGGACCAUGAAAAACAAGACGCGUGAAGUUUUCAGAGUUGUGUCUGAGAUCCGGCUCGCAAUGUUGGGAACGUUACAUCUUAAAAUAUUUAUUUCGUGGUAAAAACCGGAGGAAAAUUGUAAAGAUAUUCUUCGGGUAAUCAGAUGUGCUGGAUGACAGUUCUUGGGUCUGAUGGGGGCGUUGUAUAGUUGUUGUUGGCGGAGUUACCGCAAUCUUGAUGAGAACCUAGAUGAGAAGAACGCUAUAUUACGAUAUGAGACUUCCAAAAUGCAGAGCAUCAGGACUCAGACCUCCAGAGCCUGCAUGUCCAGCCACAGUGACCCAAGCCCGGGUCAGGAGGGCCUGUCUUGGAGGACAGAGGAGCAGGAGUGGAUCCCCUGGAGCAGCCCCAGGACCUCCGUGGGAGAUGCAGAGUCGGACGGAGAGCUCCAAGCCUUUAUCACGAUGAGGAACGAGGCAGAUACGUACACAGAGGAGUGGGAGAAGCUCAACUAUGACAUCCAUAGUCUGAGGUACACCAAACGAGAGACCAGCAGCCGAUGGAAGAAGAUUCUAACACAGCUAGGCUACCAGCGUGAGGUUGACUCUCUCCUGACGGUGAACAGACAGCUGUUACAGACAACACUGAGUGAAUCUGAUAACCUGAACAGAGCCAGACAGCUGUUACAGACCACUCUGGACCACUCUAGUUUGUUCCCACGAGGAGUGGCUAGCACAGACAGAUACCUCUUUGUUAUGGAUCGCUUGGUGUCUCUGGAUAGUGCAGAGGAUUUCAUCAGACUGGCGAAGGAGAAAUACCCAAAGAGAGAGAGUUGUGAAUGUAGAGACAGAAUGUAGAGACAGAAUGUAGAGACAGAAUGGAGAGACAGAAUGGAGAGACAGAAUG